AAAAAAACACAGUAAAAACAAGAAAUUUUACAUAAUUAAAUAAAUCUCGAAAGACUAAGUUAUAGUGAGUUAAAAUUCAUGAAUUCUAUAGCAACGGAUAGAGAAAAUAUCGAUUAAACAGUUGGAGAAAAAGAAGGGAUAGUUCUGUGCAGCAUUUCAUAGUAAUGAUUUGAAAUAAUGGAUCGCUUUAAGCACGACAAUGACGAGAGUGUAGAGGAGGAAAUAAUUGAAGACAUAUCAAAACUUGAAGACCUUAGUGAUUCAGAUUUUGACGAUUCAGAUGAUAUUCCUAUAUUUUUAAAUGAUUCAAAGGAUGAUCAGCAUGAACAUCAUCGAGUCAUACACGAGAAUGAUGAUUUGAAGCUAUUUGACGAUAAUGUGGACGAGAUUCUAGCUUUAGAUAAUAUUGCAAAACAUUUUACAUCAGCUGAUGAUGAUGAUGUUGAUGGAAGAGACAGUGAUACUAUAGUGCCUAUAAAAGUAAGUACCAGUAAUAAGGAACUUUCGCCUUCAACAGAAGAUACAAUCUUUAUUAAUGAUAAAAAAGUAAGCAUAAGUUCGUUAAAGAAAUUUAAUGAUGUUAAUGCUUCACCUCAACAAAUUGAGCAGUUAUCACAAAAUCGAGAAAGUGUUGGAGUUACUGCUCAAUCCACUUCUAUUGAUAAAGCUUCUAUUAAAAGAAUGGAGAAAAUUAGUUCUGAUUUCCUAAAUGAUAUACUCGACGAUAUAACGGAAGAAUCAGAAACAGAGUCAAGAGAAAAGGAGCCAAUAAAAGCCGUUCCUCCAAUCAUGUUACAGGAUAAAAUCGAAAAAGGUAGCCUGGUAAGAAACAUCCUUAAAAGUAACUUAUUUGAUGAUCAAAGUGAGGCACAAGAUACAGUAAUUGACAGAGGCGCAGAAUCAAAUGACUUUAAUGAACAAUUGGAUUCGCAAGAAAUUUUCAAGGAAAAUCAAACGGCUUUAAAUAGCAUAGCCACAACCAGUACAGAAUAUAAAACCAUGAACGAUUACCUUAAUUCAAAGAUUUAUGAUGUUGAUAGCGAGUUUUACGAUCGUGCAACAUAUAUAAAAUCACUUCAAAAUCAGUUACAGGAAUCGUCACAAGAAAGAGCCAAAUUAACGAAUGAAAUUGAAAUGUUAAAGACUAAGCUUGCGUCAGAAGAAUCACUUAAAUCAUUAAAUUCUGGACGGAUUGAGAUAUUCUCUAAAAGAAUCGAUGACUUUAAAAAGUUACUAUCCAGUGAAAUAUUAAAUGCUCCAAAUUUUGACCAUUUAUGGCCAAAGCUUGAGUCCUUUAUUGAAGGUGAAGUCAAUUUGCUUAAAAAUACACAUCAAGAAGAAAUGUCAAGGUUUGAAGAAAAUAUUGCAAAAGAACGCAAAGAAACGGAAUUGGAAAUCAAUAAAUUAAGGCAAUUGCUAAGUUCUGUUAAAAGCGAUUCAUCUUGUAUAGAAGAUUUGAAACGAGAAUUGGAGAUUAAGCAUGCCGACGAUAUGAAGGAACUUCGAGAAUAUUUUGAGAAACGCUGUCAAGAUUUGGGAAAGGAAUACACUGAAGAAGUGCUGUCUAUGAACGAGUCCAUUCAUUCUCGCAAAAUUGAAUCCACGAAUCAAGACGUAGAUGACAUUUUGACCGACGACUAUGCUUCACAUCAAUCCGCAAAAGAAUCACAAUUAGAUAAUAUUCCUAACGAUUUUAAUGCCUAUAACGAACUUCAGAAAAUAAAAGCAGAUUAUGAGAGAUCGUUAAAAGAACAAGUGAUACUGGCCAGAGAAGAUGUUUUACAUGAAAUAGAGAAGAACAUACAAAGUUUAUUAUCAGAAAACUUCCGAGACGAAUUGAAUUGGCCUCCGGAACUAAUAUUAUUGAGGGAGAAAUUAACAGCAGCCAAUCAAUUGGAAAUAGCUCAGUUGAAAAUAAAGCAUGAAGAAGAGAUGGCACGAAUUAAAAGCGAUAGUGAUAUUGAAGUGCAGAGAAGAAUGAAGCGACAAAACAAUUUUGAUCAGCACCGCGAUCUUGGGAAAAUUCUAAAUGAAAGAGAUAAUUUUAGAGAAUUAUCAUCAUCAUUAAGAUUUACACUUUGUGAGCUCGCAAAAUGCUUUAAUCAAUACGAUGAAGAUCUUAAUAUAACAAUCAAUUCAACAAAAGAUGAGUUGAAUAUAUCAACAGUUUCAUCGUCUACAAAAAAAUUCUUAACGUACAAACCAGACAUAUCAACAUUACUUUCCAUUGUUGAAGAUCCAAAGCUAUUAGAUUUCAUUUCUCCAGAACAACAAAAUGAAGGUUCUGUUCAAAUUAAUAUAAUGGAUUGUUUGAAUCGUUUGAAAACAGAAGCAAACAACAUUUUGGAAUUAUCAGAGCAAAUACAAGAACGGCAGCAAAAAUCAUUUGCAUGUAUAGAGAAAGUAGAUGAUAACAAAGCAGACAGUUGUGAAGAGGAAGAUGGAUUGAGGUGUCAUUAUCAAUCAUUAGAAAUGUGUCACAAAAAUGAUAAUACGAGCGAAAAUGUGUAUAAGGAAGCUCAAAGUUUACCAAUAUUCCUAGAUGGAAUGAAUAAUGGAUAUGGACCUAGAAAAGUUAAAGAAAAUGGAGUUGAAAAAUUUGAUUCUCCAUUAAUUCAAAAAGAAGAAUAUACUGAGGGAUUUGGGACAAUAAGUCCAAUUCAAAGACAUCACAAUUCUUUAAAAAGUGUUCACAAUAAAGCCAAGGAGCUUCUCGCAGAACCAACAAACUUUGACAACGCAGUCGUACUCUAUCAGUUAAUUGAAGACUUUUGUCGAGAAACUGAUUAUUUUAUUGAUAGUGAGAAGAAGUUGCGUGAAGACUUACAGAAACAGCUAGAAGUAGCUGAUAAGCAACUAAAAUCGAACAAGAAAUUUUUGGAUGAGCAAGCAGCAGAAAGAGAUGCUGAGAGAGAUGAAUUUACAAAAGAGGUUGAGAAACUACGAAUUAGUUUGAAGGAAAAAGAAAAUAAGGACAAGGACAAAUCGGCUAUUCAGAAUUUUGAAAAGAAGAACGUAGAUCCUAAAUUUGUUGUUGAUUAUAUUGUCAGUUGUGAAGAGCAAAUUAAAGAGUUAACGGAACAAGUCGAGAGUUUGUCAGUACUUAAGAAUAAAUCAGAAGAAGAUCUUAAGGCAUCGAUAGAAAAAGUUUUUGAUUUACGAGAAAUUAUAAGCGAUUUAGAGUCGCAAAUUCAGACGAAAACUCUUAACGAGAAUGUUUUGGUGGAUAAAUGUGAAAAGCUAGAAAAAAUUAUUGACCUGCAAGAUGAAAAGAAUGAAUCCAAUUUGGAUAAAGAAAAUGAAUAUAUUGAGAGAAUUAAAAGCCUUGAAAAUCAAUUGAAAAUUUUGAAACCAUCGAAUGAACAAAAGUUGGUUGAUGAGCAGAUGACAUCACAUUUGAAGACCAUUGAGAUGUUAAUGGAUCGAAAAACAAAGACGUUAGAAGCAUUUCAUGCAUUUUCGUCAGCAGCCUCGAACACUGCCUGUAGUAGUCCAUCAGAAGAUGUUUCGAAAAGUUUUGAUAUUGACGGGUCCGACAGAAGUCCAAAAAAACUAUGGAAAACUCAAAGUGAUGGAAUUUCUCUGCCAUUUGAGGAAGUUCAGAGAAUUUUGGAGAAAGUAUCAAAGCACAAUAGAAUGGAAGAAGCGACCAUUAAAAAAGUGACGGAUCUAGAAAUGACUAUCAACGAAAUGAAAAAAGAUUUCGAAGAACUGCAACAAGAGAAGGAUAUAUUACAAGACCGGAUGUCAGAGCAAUUAAUAAAAAUUUCGUCAUUACAAUCAAGGCUUGACGAGCAAAGAAUUCGUGCGGAAGAAUUAAACAAGCAGAAUACAUCAGACUUGACUUUGAGAGUUCAUGAUCUUCAUAAUGAAUUGUCUAACUUGAAAGAAAUUCUAUCUGCAAGAGAUAAACAAAUAUCCAAUUUAAAUCAACUUCUUGAAAACAGUAAGUCAAUUAUAGAGAAGCAAGAUCAGCAAUUGGCACAAGGAAGUGAUAGCGACAAGUCAUUUUAUGAAAAAUUAAAUAAUGAGCUGAAGCAUAAAGACAAUGAAAUUGAGACACUUAAAAAUAAGAUAAAAAGUGAAAUGAUUAAUAGGGCAAUGAUUCCUGAUCUUAUGGAAACCAUGAUUGCAGAGAAGAAUGAAGAAAUUGAUAAUCUUAAGGAACAAAUUUCUCUAAUGACAAGUAGCUUAAUGCAAAAGCAAAGUUCUCAAAUAAAUAAUUCUAAAUUCACUGGCAGUAGCUUUCUGACAAUGAUUUCAGAGUAUGAUGAGCCUGACAUUCUUAGAAAAGCUGUACAGCAACCAACUCAAAUUAACUUUACUGAACACAAAAUGGAUGAGCUGAAAGCAGGAAAUUCAGAUUCGACAAUGUCAUCGACAAAUGAGAUAUUAACAGAUAAAGCAACAAUGAAUACAUCACAAGAGCAAUCGCAAAUUCACAUGCCAUCACACAUAAUUCCUAGAAAGAUUGAAUUUAGUUCAUUAGAAGACUUUUCUGCUGAGCAUGACAAAACACAGAACGGGUUAAAAAAUGCUAAUGAAGAAAUACACAAACUUAAAACAACAAUCGAUGAGCAGAAUAAACAAAUAAAUGAGUUGAAGUUAGAAUUAGAAUCGAAAAUUAAGCUGUAUGAAGAUAUUAAAAUGGAGAAAAAAGCUAUUGAUGAGGAAAUAGAGAAACUCCAAUCGAGUGUUAUACAAUCGAAUGCCCUUGAGAAUGAAUUAAAAAAGAAGGAAGGCGAAUUGACAAAUUUUAUGUUAAAAAAUCAAGACUUGGAAUUGAAUCUCAAGUCACAAGCACAAGAUCUGGAAAGUUUGCGUGAUUUAUUAAAUGGAAAAGAAGAACUAAUCAAUCAAUUGUCAGAAGAUUUGGUUGUUAUGAAAAAUAAAUGCAGAGAUAAUGAGCGGGUUCUUGUUGAUUUGGACAAUUUGAAGAAGCAAGUAUCUUCCUAUGAUGAUGUGAUGGUCGAGAAAGAAACAAUGCUGAAAAAAUUAGAACUUGAUCUCUUGAGCUAUGUAAAAAAUGAACAACAAUUGCUAAGCAAAGCAGAACAAUGCGAUAAACUUUUGGGAACGAAUCGACAAUUGGAAGAUAAUAUUGAAAGCUUAAGACAUGAGCUGUGCGUAAAAACUUUUUCAUUAGAAAAAUGUAAAAUUGAUUUGCAUGAAAUGGAAAAUGAAGUGGAAUCAUUAAAGAAGGAAAGCAACAAUGGCAUUGAUGAGAAUAUUGAUCGUUACUCGAUAGCAGAAAUUGCAUCUAAAUUAGACGAUGAGCUUAAUUAUGCAGCUGAAUUGGAUGGAAAGAUUAUUAAGGCCAUUGAAAGUGAAUCUGAUAUUAAUUCAGAAAUUGAGGAAUUAGGCGGUAGAGACAACAAUCGAAUUGGCGAUAAAAUAAAAAAGCUCAAAAUGGAAUUGGAAGAACAAAAAGUGAAAUAUUUAGCACUUUCGAAUGAGCUUGAUGAUGAAAAGAGGCACUUUAGUGAUAUUCAUUCACAAGAUGCAAAAUUAAUAGAGUCCAUGAAUAUGAGACUAAAAGCAGCAUUGGAAAAUGAGUCUAUAUUAAAGAGAUUACUUGAAACUGAAAAGAAUAAAUUGAUUUCAUUGUCAUCACAUCUUAGUGGGGUUCAGCGAACCAAAUCUUUUGAUAGUAAUUUAAUCUUUAAUAAGGCACAAAGAAUGCAUGAUCUGGAACUGGAAUCUGAGAUGAUUCAACGUCAAAAAAGUGAAAUUAAAAUGUUAACAUCUCAAAAUGACGUAGAAAAAGAUCGUGUGAUGGAUUUACAGUCAGUCGUCGACAGAGAACGAGAACGAUUUAAGAAAACGUUAUCCGAUCAGCAAAGUUACAUUGAUCAAUUGAAACGAGAGGUACAUAAACAUUUAAAUGAUAAUCAAAUGUUACGGACAGAGAUUAAUAAGGUACGAGAACGAAAUUAUAUGAGAGGAAAUAACGAAUUUGAUGAAAUGGAUGGAUAUAACAAUAUGUUGGAUGAUUCUGCGCCAAUUGCUGAAACACUCAAAAGAUUACUUACAGAAAGACAUGAAUUACAGCAGAAAGUUUUAGAAUAUGAAAGAAGCACCAACUUAGUUCAAAAUUACCACGACAUGAGAGAUUUGGAAGAACAAAACAAUUAUCUAAUAGCACGAUUUAUGCGUAGCGAGAGUUUCCGUAAAGCACUUGUAUUCCAGAAAAAAUUCCUUUUAAUUACAUUAGCCACGACAAUUGGUUCACCGCCUCACUCUCUUUACAAGGCGGACACUAAGAAGCGAAAGACAUUUAGGUCAAUUGCUCUACUAAUAAUUGCGAUCGAGAGGUUCAAGUUCAUUGCUAAACGUUGGACAGGAAAGAGAGUAAUUGCCAAAGCUCUUUAUGCUUCACCGCCAAAACGAUCUCAAUCAGCUUCAAAUAAUAAUUGGACGGUAUUACGUACAAUUAAUUUCUCGAGCAAUACACAACCAAAAAAUUAUUUGCCAUCGCCUACAACUACCCAGCAACCAAAGCAAUCACAGUUAACAAGACUACAAAAUUUGUUUCAUGAUACACAGCAAUAAGAUUUAUUAUUAUUAUUAGAUAUUAACUAUAUGAAUGUUUUACGGAUUUUUAAAAUUAUGUAUAAGAAGAAUUAAGUAAGAUGAAUAAAGAGAUUAAUAGAAAUAGAAAUAAAUGAACUAACUGCUUGUGUUUUUGUUUGAUCCAAUUUUUUUGAUUUUUCAAUUUAUUUACACUUAUAUUAGCAUUCAUCAGAAUUAAGUACAAUUAACAUUUAUUAUUUUUUCUUCUUCUUCUUCGUUUUAUAAGUAAGGUAUCUUAAUUAAUUACAUCAUCAUAUAUCUCUUAAAGUAACUUUAAUAAAUUUCUUCUAUUAUGGACGGAUGGAAACUAGAAUAGUUGUAAGACUGACGAGAGCGCACUUUCUCGCAUAGAUUUGAAGAAUUUGUCAAUUAAGGUAACGUAAUGUUCACUUAUGUAACUUUCAGAUUAGUCAGACCCAGCAAGAGAUAUCAAACUAGAGGCUAUGGACAAAAUCUCUUUUCUAUAAAAAAUUGCGAUCAAAAGUUUCUGUCGCCUUAUGAGGGAUUAAGAGUAAAUAAGUGCAGUACGUUUCACAUGAGGAAGUAUAUAUAUGUAUAUACUGGUAUAUACGAUAUUAGAUGGGAAGUAGAGUCAUGUAUGUUGAUAUUUAUUAAUACUUUCUUAAUAAUGUUACGUUCAAAAGGUUUAGUAAGUACUUUCGUGACACGAGCAUUAUUAAUUGAAAUUAAAUUGAAGUGAUGUAAUAAGGCAUAGAGAUAAAGCUCUUUAUUUCUUUACAUUCGUCGAGAUGAGCCAGGUCGGCUAUGAACUAUGGCAUAAUCGGAAUCAAUUGUUCGAUUAGAGUGGAUUGUUGAACCGCCACUAUUAUUGUAACCUUUCAUUCCAUUACCAUUUAUGGAAUAUCUUGAGCCAUACUGACUUCCAUGCCAACUUCUAUAAGGAUCGUAUUCUUCAAUUAUGGAUGGUUCUUUCUCGAUUACUUCAGUUCUUGCGCAAGAACAUGACAUGGCUGUACAAAGGAACAAAUUCAUUAAAAGCAUGAUUAAGAAUAAAAUUCCUAAGAUGAUUGCAAGCCAAAGUAACCAAUGAGGUCUGAUUCCUGUUGCAUCACAAAGUGCAGCUGAUCUACUGAUUUCUGCUGGAUCUAAUACAAAGACUGUUGUUGCUGCUAAGACAACAUCUGACUUAUCUUCAUCUCUAAAUGAUGACUUCGUAUCGACACACUUUUCAUCAUCUGGGCACUUUUCAGCACACAAACUCACUGAACAUUGUAUGUGAAGUUCAGCUCCUUCUGGGAAUCGAAACAUUG